AUGGCGCAGAAAGGAGUUCAGCUGGACCGGGAGAGCUUCUCUUGUUCGAUCUGUCUGGAUCUACUGAAGGAUCCGGUGAGUCUUAACUGUGGACACAACUACUGCAUGAAGUGUAUUAACAGCCACUGGGAUGUAGAGGAUCAGAAACCGGUCUACAGCUGCCCUCAGUGCAGGAAGAUCUUCCCAACGAGGCCCAAACUGGAGAAAAACACCAUGUUAGCAGAAUUAGUGGAGCAGCUGAAGAAGACUGGCCUCCAAGCUGCUCCUGCUGACCACUGCUAUGCUGGACCUGAAGAUGUGGCCUGUGAUUUCUGCAGCGGGAGAAAACUGAAAGCUCAGAAGUCCUGUCUCGUCUGUUUGGCGUCAUACUGUGAGCUACACCUCCAGCCUCAUUAUGAAUCACAGAGAUUUAAGAAACACAAGCUGGUGGAGCCCUCCGAGAAGCUGCAGGAGAACAUCUGCUCUCGUCACGAUGAGGUGAUGAAGAUGUUCUGCCGGACCGAUCGGCAGUCUAUCUGUUAUCUCUGCUCUGUGGACCAACAUAAAGGCCACGACACGGUCUCAGCUGCAGCAGAAAGGAGCGAGAGGCAGAAAGAGCUGGAGGUGAGUCGACUCAACAUCCAGCAGAGAAUCCAGGACAGAGAGAAAGAUGUGAAGCUGCUUCAACAGGAGCUGGAGGCCAUCAAUCGCUCUGCUGAUGAAGCAGUGGAGGACAGUGAGAAGAUGUUCACUGAGCUGAUCCGUCUCAUGCAGAAAAGAAGCUCUGAGGUGAAGCGGCAGGUCAGAUCCCAGCAGGAAACUGAAGUGAGUGGAGUCAAAGAGGUGGAGGAGAAGCUGCAGCAGGAGAUCAGAGAGCUGAAGAGGAAAGAUGCUGAACUGAAGAAGCUCUCAAACACAGAGGACCACAACCAGUUUCUCCACAGCUACCCCUCACUGUCAGCACUCAGCCCGUCUACAUCCAGCAUCCAGAUCCGUCCUCGCCGCCGCUUUGACCACGUGACAGCGGUCGUGUCACGAGUCAGAGACGAACUGGAGGACGUCCUGAGAGACAAAUGGACAGACGUCUCACUGACUGAAGUGGAUGUUUUACUGCCGGCAGCAGAACCAAAGACCAGAGCUGAGUUCUUACAGUAUUCACGAGAAAUCACUCUGGAUCCAAACACAGCAUACACAAAGCUGGUAUUAUCUGGAGGGAACAGGAAAGUUACAGUAAUGAGUCAAAAACAGUCUUAUCCUAAUCAUCCAGACAGAUUCACUUACUGGUUGCAGGUCCUGAGUAGAGAGAGUCUGACUGGACGUUGUUACUGGGAGGUGGAGCGGAGCGGGUCAAGAGUUCAUGUAGCAGUCUCAUACAAGAACAUCAGCAGAGCAGGGAGCUCAGAUGACUGCAAGUUUGGAUCUAAUAACAAAUCUUGGCUGUUAGAUUGUUUCAAUAACAGUUAUAACUUUCGGCACAACAAAGUUGAAACUCCCCUCUCAGGUCCUUGGUCCUCCAGAGUGGGAGUGUACCUGGAUCACAGUGCAGGUAUUCUGUCCUUCUACAGCGCCUCUGAAACCAUGACCCUCCUCCACAGAGUCCAGACCACGUUCACUCAGCCGCUCCACGCUGGAGUUCGUCUUUAUAGUAUGUAUGUUGGAGACUCUGUUGAGUUCUGUAAACUGAAAUAAUCAGAAGUGAUGUAAAGAGCAGCAGGUUAAACUCUUCAGAUUUCAGGUUAAAUUUAAAUGUUGUUCUUCUUUCAGACUGGUGGAAAGAGAACAUGUUUCUUUAACUUCACUUUGUUUAUUUGCGUCUGUAGAUUUCUCCUAAAUUCACCAAAAGUUAACGUUAGAUAACGCCUCAUUUACAUAUUUAAACAGAAAACUUGUAACACAAACAAUAAUUGUGUUUGUGUUUUCAGUUUUGAAAAAAAAAAUGUUAUUAUCUUUUCUUUAGAUUUUUAUGUAAAAUUACAAAUAAAAAAUAGGCCUGCAAGCACUUUCAGUGCUCGAUCCCUAAUAACGUUUACUGUUGUUGUUAUUAUUUUAAGGAUACAAUUAAGACAUCCAUAGAUAUGUAUUUAGAUUUAUAAGUGUGUGUGAAGAUAUGUUUUCUAUUCUAUUUGUCUGUAUAUUUUAUUUUAUAUACAUCUACAUAUCUGUUUAUUUCAUUCAUGGUUGGGUUUAGUAUUUUUCCCUUUAUAAAUAUUUUCUCAUAUGUUAUGUUGUGGCAGCAUAGGGGUGCUUUUUUCUUCUCAAAUGAAACGCUUAAAAAGUAGUUUUAACUUCACUUCACUGCUGUUUUGAAGUAAAUGCUGUCAAACAAGGAUGCUGUCGGCCCAGUGACAACAUCAGAUUUCUUUUUUGUUUUGUUCAGCAAUUUAAGUAAAACUAAGGUGAAAUGAUGUCUGAUCAUUUUUCA